AUGAAAAGGAAAUACAAAGUUCUGCUGUUAUUGCUUUAUCUGCUCGGCAGUUUAAGAUCGGGUCAGGCGAUUUGGUUUCCCUGGUACUUUAAGCAAUACGGACUAGCUCCUCAUUCGACUCGGCAUGGUAAUAAAAAUUUAACAUGUCCACCUGGUUACGAACCCAAGUCCUCGGCGGCCAAAUUGACUAGAGGAUUAUCUAGCUGUGAAAAAGUUUUGCCAUCGAGUUCGGAAGAAAAUGCAAAAGUGAAAGGAAGGCUUUGCGAUGAUAAUCCCGUGCUAAUGCAACUGGCACGCCUUUAUGUGGUGAGUCCCGAGAGGAUUGUCCUGCUUCUGGCACAGCCUUCUCUUGGCGAUUCCUGUGCUGAGAUCACCGAUGUACUGUCUAAAAUCAGGAAGUCAAUGCAAAACUGUGUAUUGACGCCAGACAAUAUUUAUGGCAAAUUAACAGAUGGAUUGAGCUAUUUUGAAUCGGAAGUUUGUAACGGAGGCGACGGUCGCAACAAGAAGCGAUGUACAGGACUCCAGGAGUCUCACAACUGCUUGCGUGAACUCCGGACGGAUAUGAUCGAAUGUGAGGCUCCGCCGGAUUGGUACGAGAAAAGGAAUGCCACCAAGGUAUGCCGCAUUUUCAACGAUGUCCUGGACUGCUAUUACACAAGAGCGGCCUUGCUGUGCGGAAUUGAAGUCGCCAAGCAGCUGAGAUCCUUUGCCGGGGACAGCAUGGGCAGAGCCAUGAUUCACAAAUGCGCGGUGAAUAAAAGAUUACCCCGGGUAGAUAAUGCCAUGCCUAUCGACACUUUUAGCAGGGGUGGAUUGAAGUCCUCCUUGAAUUUGUUCAGUAUUACCCUUUGGCUUGGAUGCCUAAGAUUUGUGUUAUUGAAAACAGUUUUGUUUAUUUGAAAACAAUUUUCUUAUCUCAAGACAAGCUAUUAUAUAUUUUAUAAAU